AUGGAGGUCUCCCGGAGGAAGGCACCGCCGCGCCCCCAGCGCCCCGCCGCGCCUCUGCCCCUGCUUGCCUAUCUGCUGGCGCUCGCGGCGCCCGGCCGGGGCGCGGACGAGCCCGUGUGGCGGUCAGAGCAAGCCAUCGGAGCCAUCGCGGUGAGCCGGGAGGACGGCGUGUUCGUGGCGAGCGGCAGCUGCCUGGACCAGCUGGACUACAGCCUGGAGCACAGGCUCUCGCGCCUAUACCGGGACCAAGCGGGCAACUGCACGGAGCCCGUCUCGCUGACGCCCCCCGCGCGGCCCCGGCCGGGGAGCAGCUUCAGCAAGCUGCUGCUGCCCUACCGCGAGGGGGCGGCCGGCCUCGGGGGGUUGCUGCUCACCGGCUGGACCUUCGACCGGGGCGCCUGCGAGGUGCGACCCCUGGGCAAUCUGAGCCGCAGCUCCCUGCGCAACGGCACCGAGGUGGUGUCGUGUCACCCGCAGGGCUCGACGGCCGGCGUGGUGUACCUCGCGGGCGACACGAACAGCUGGUACCUGGCGGUGGCUGCCACCUACGUGCUGCCCGAGCCCGAGACGGCAAGCCGCUGCAACCCCGCGGCGUCCGACCGCGAAACGGCCAUCGCGCUCAAGGACACGGAGGGGCGCAGCCUGGCCACGAAGGAGACGGGACGCCUCAAGCUGCGCGAGGGCGGGGGUAGCCUGCACUUCGUGGACGCCUUUCUCUGGAACGGCAGCGUCUACUUCCCCUACUACCCCUACAACUACACGAGCGGCGCCGCCACCGGCUGGCCCAGCAUGGCGCGCAUCGCGAAGAGCUCCGAGGUCCUGUUCCAGGGCCAGGCAGCCCUCGACUGCGGCCACGGCCACUCCGACGGCCGCCGCCUGCUGCUCUCCUCCAGCCUGGUGGAGGCCCUGGACGUUUGGGCGGGCGUGUUCAGCGCGGCCACCGGAGGGGACCAGGAGAGGCGCUCCCCCGCCACCACGGCACUCUGCCUCUUCAGGAUGAGGGAGAUACAGGCGCGCACCAAGACCUGCAGCUGGGACUUCGAGGCUGAGAACCACUGCAAUGACAAGGAUCAACCUGAAAGAGUCCAACCAAUCGCAUCAUCUACCUUGAUCCAUUCCGACCUGACAUCCGUUUAUGGCACCGUGGUAAUGAACAGGACUGUUUUAUUCUUGGGGACUGGAAAUGGCCAGUUACUUAAGGUUAUUCUUGGUGAGAAUUUGACUUCUAAUUGUCCGGAGGUUAUCUAUGAAAUUAAAGAAGAAACACCUGUUUUCUACAAACUCGUUCCUCAUCCUAAGAAGAAUAUCUACAUCUAUCUAACAGCUGGAAAAGAGGUGAGGAGAAUUCGUGUUGCGAACUGCAGUAAACAUAAAUCCUGUUCGGAGUGUUUAGCGGCGACAGACCCUCACUGCGGUUGGUGCCAUUCGCUACAGAGGUGUACUUUUAAAGAAGAUUGUGUGCAUUUAAAGAACUCAGAAAACUGGCUGGAUAUUUCAUCUGGAGCUAAAAAGUGCCCUCAAAUUUACCUAUUUCGAAGCAGUAAAGAUGAGACUACAGUGACUGUGAUGGGAAGCUUCUCUCCAAGGCGCUCAGAGUGCAUGGUGAAGAACGUGGACACCAGCAAGACGCUCUGCAAGGGUAACAGUGUGUCCAAUGAGACCUGCACCUGCAGCAUCCUGACCAGAGCAACCUACAAAGAUGUUUUAGUUGUCGACGUGACGUUCUCCUUCAGUUCCUGGAGUGUGUCAAAAAGAUUCAACUUUACCAGCUGCUCAUCAUUAAGAGAAUGCCCAGUAUGUAUUGGAACUGGCUGUGCUUGGUGUAAAAGUGAGAGAAAAUGUAUCCAUCCCUUCACAGCUUGUGACCCUUCUGAUUACAAGAGGAACCAGGACCUCUGUCCAGUGGCUUUUGAGAAAUGGGCCCCACCCAAGACAGCGGGAGGAGGAAGAUUCAAGGAGAAGACAAGUAACAGAACCACCCAGGGCUUGCAGGUCUUCUACAUUAAGUCCAUUGAGCCACAGAAAAUAUCAACCUUAGGGAAAAGUAAUGUGAUCGUCACGGGAGCAAACUUUACCCAGGCAUCGAAUAUCACAAUGAUCCUGAAAGGAACCAGUACUUGUGAUAAGGAUGUGAUACAGGUUAGCCAUGUGCUAAAUGACACCCAUAUGAAAUUCUCUCUUCCAUCAAGCCGAAAAGAAAUGAAGGAUGUGUGCAUCCAGUUCGACGGCGGGAACUGUUCUUCGGUGGGAUACUUGUCUUAUAUCGCUCUGCCCCUCUGUUCCCUCAUAUAUCCUGCUACCACCUGGAUCAGUGGUGGUCAAAAUAUAACCAUCAUGGGCCGAAAUUUUGAUGUAAUUGACAACUUAAUCAUUUCACAUGAGCUGAAAGGAAACAUAAAUGUCUCUGAAUAUUGUAUGGCGACUUACUGCAGAUUUUUAGCCCCCAGUUUAAAGAGUUCAAAAGGGCGUACGAAUGUCACUGUGAAGCUCAGGGUCCAGGAGACCUACUUGGAUUGUGGAAGCUUGCAGUACCUUGACGACCCCAGAUUUACAGGGUAUCGGGCUGAGCCUGAGGUGGACACAGAAUUGGAAGUCAAAAUUCAAAAAGAAAAUGAUAACUUCAACAUUUCCAAGAAAGACAUUGAAAUUACUCUCUUCCAUGGAGAAAAUGAGCAAUUAAAUUGCAGUUUUGAAAAUAUUACUAGAAAUCAAGAUCUCACCACCAUCUUUUGCAAAAUUAAAGGCAUCACUGCUGCAAACAGCAUCGCCACCUCUUCCAAGAAAGUUCGCGUCAAGCUGGGAAACCUGGAACUCUACGUCGAGCGGGAAUCGGUUAUUUCCACUUGGUAUUUUCUGAUUGGACUUCCCGUCUUGCUAGUGAUUGUCAUUUUUGCGGCUGUGGGAGUGACCAGGCACAAAUCGAAGGAACUGAGUCGCAAACAGAGCCAACAGCUGGAGCUCCUGGAGAGUGAGCUCCGGAAAGAGAUACGUGAUGGCUUUGCUGAGCUGCAGAUGGAUAAAUUGGAUGUGGUUGAUAGUUUUGGAACUGUUCCCUUCCUUGACUAUAAACAUUUUGCUCUGAGAACUUUCUUCCCUGAGUCAGGUGGCUUCACACACAUCUUCACUGAAGAUAUGCAUAACAGAGAUGCCAGCAACAAGAAUGAAAGUCUCACAGCUCUGGAUGCCCUAAUUUGUAAUAGAAGUUUCCUUGUUACUGUUAUCCACACUCUUGAAAAGCAGAGGAACUUUUCAGUGAAGGACAGGUGUCUGUUUGCUUCCUUCUUAACCAUUGCACUGCAAACUAAGCUGGUCUACCUAACCAGCAUCCUCGAGGUGCUGACCAGGGACUUGAUGGAGCAGUGCAGUAACAUGCAGCCUAAACUCAUGCUGAGACGCACAGAGUCCGUGGUGGAAAAGCUCCUCACAAACUGGAUGUCCGUCUGCCUUUCUGGUUUUCUGCGGGAGACUGUUGGAGAACCGUUCUAUUUGCUGGUGACGACUCUGAACCAGAAGAUAAACAAGGGCCCCGUCGAUGUAAUCACUUGCAAAGCCCUGUACACGCUUAAUGAGGACUGGCUGCUGUGGCAGGUUCCGGAAUUCAGCACUGUGGCAUUAACCGUCACCUUUGAAAAAAUCCCAGAAAAUGAGAGUGCGGAUGUCUGUCGGAAUAUUUCAGUCAAUGUUCUUGACUGUGAUACCAUAGGUCAAGCCAAAGAAAAGAUUUUCCAAGCAUUCCUAAGCAAAAACGGCUCUCCUUAUGGACUUCAGCUGAAUGAAAUUGGUCUUGAGCUUCAGGUGGGCACACGACACAAAGAACUUCUGGAUAUUGACAGCUCCUCUGUGAUUCUUGAAGAUGGAAUAACCAAGCUAAAUACCAUUGGCCACUACGAGAUAUCAAAUGGAUCCACUGUAAAAGUCUUUAAGAAGAUAGCAAAUUUUACUUCAGAUGUGGAAUACUCGGAAGACCACUGCCAUUUGAUUUUACCAGAUUCGGAAGCAUUCCAAGAUGUGCAGGGAAAGAGACAUCGAGGGAAGCACAAGUUCAAAGUAAAAGAAAUGUAUCUGACAAAGCUGCUGUCGACCAAGGUGGCAAUUCACUCUGUGCUCGAAAAACUUUUUAGAAGCAUUUGGAGUUUACCCAACAGCAGAGCCCCGUUUGCUAUAAAAUACUUUUUUGACUUUUUGGAUGCCCAGGCUGAAAGCAAAAAAAUCACAGAUCCUGAUGUUGUACAUAUUUGGAAAACAAACAGCCUCCCUCUUCGCUUCUGGGUAAAUAUCCUGAAGAACCCUCAGUUUGUCUUUGACAUUAAGAAGACACCACACAUAGAUGGCUGUUUGUCAGUGAUCGCCCAGGCGUUCAUGGACGCGUUUUCCCUCACAGAGCAGCAACUUGGAAAGGAAGCACCAACUAAUAAACUUCUCUAUGCCAAGGAUAUCCCAACCUACAAAGAGGAAGUCAAGUCUUAUUACAAAGCAAUCAGGGAUUUGCCUCCAUUGUCAUCUUCAGAGAUGGAAGAAUUCUUAACUCAGGAAUCUAAGAAACAUGAAAAUGAAUUUAAUGAAGAAGUGGCCUUGACAGAAAUCUACAAAUACAUCAUAAAAUAUUUUGAUGAGAUUCUAAAUAAACUAGAAAGAGAACGAGGGCUGGAAGAAGCUCAGAAACAACUCUUGCAUGUAAAAGUCUUAUUUGAUGAAAAGAAGAAAUGCAAGUGGAUCUGUGUAGCACUUGUGACUACGCUGCACCUCUGCAGACCAGGGACACUGCCAGUGAUCAAAACAAAAUGUGAAAUGAGUCAUCUGGAAACAAGGUAGGGGUGUUAGGGCAACCUUGAGGACUUGCAGCAUUGAAACUUUCCCCGGUAGUUCUUGGAAAAGCUGACCGCAGAAUUUGGUAGUGUGUACACUUAGCAUUUGUGAGUGUGUGUGUGUGUUUUUAAACCAAAAACUAACAGUGUUGCAACAUUGUUGAAAGGGCUCGUGUUUUUCAGUGGUCACCGACUGUACUCCAUCAAACUCACCUCCAUUUCACUAAGGAACUCUAAAGCAAGGAGAGGGAGUAGGCUUCUUUAAAUGCGACAGCAUUUUACCCAGAUACUUUAAAGUAUGUACGUUUUCUUCAUUUUAUUUUUUUCAUAUUAAAUGUAUUUGAUAGUGGACACGUUGGCUAUUGUAAAAAAAAAAAAAAAAAAAUCAGUAGCUUAUUUCUGUCUAAACACUUCGAUCAGAACUGUCUGUGGAAGAGUUAACUCACUCCCCUAAUCCUACAUCUCUAUAUUACUGUCUCCUUGCUUUAGAUUUCUGGUGAACCCUGUGGUUAUAAAUACUUGUGUGUGAUUAAAAAAAACUACAUUUUACAUUUCAUGAAAUUGCUGUUCACACUAGAGUAUUAUAUAUGAAUAUAUAUUUGAGGCCCAUGGCCUGAAAAAUAUUAGUAUACAACUUGGUAUCUUAGUCUUACGAUGUACUUUUUGAGAGUAUUCCUCACAAGAGAAAGAGUUAAAAAAAAAACCUGUUUUAUUCAUGCCUUUUUUUAAAAGAAUUCCCUAUCUAGUUAUACUGUAGUCUUUUUAUUGCUGAUUUUUUAUUCCUGAAUUUUUGCUGCUCAUGACCAACUUUAAUACCACUGUGUUUUCCUUCUAUUAAACCAGAAGUAAAAAGUGUAAUUGGCAACUCAAACUCUCCUUGUGGCACCUCUACCCUUGGUGCUCCAAAUCCCAGAUUGAGGAGAGAAAUUUUUUCAAGUAGCAAAUCAAACAUUGAUCACACAUUCCUUAAAAUCAUUUACCAACACUGUAUGGGAUAUCAGGAUUUAAAUGUGAAUUUGUCUUAAAUGAAUGCAGUUCUUUUUGCUCCUCACUAUCUGGUAAAGAGUGAGAGGUGACACCUCACAAACUGAUCAGAUAAAAUAAGCAUUUAUUGCCCUGAUAGGCACCUUCCCAAUCCUGUCGCUUUUGACCAUUAUCUGUCCAAUGGACACACCUCAAAAAUACUACCAAAUAGGUUACUUAUGAAGGUGAGAGGUCUGGUCCCCAUCUAAGGCUGCUACAGUCUUGAUGUGAAGGGGUUCACAAGAGAAGAGUAGGAGAGUUGAGAGCCAAGGGUAGGAGAGUUGCCCAGAAGACUUCCCUUCUUUAGGGUACAGAAAUGCUAAGAAAUCUCAAAGGAUCAGUUACAGCUUUAUCUAAGUAUUCAGUAAAUGCUACAUGAGGGUGUCCCUGUCCAGCUCUCUGGCACAUGAGUCCUGUGUGGAGACUUACCUUCUUUUCCAGGGACUGUGCUGCUGGGAACUUUGGGCAAGUCACUUACCUCUUUGUGCCUCAAUUUCUGUAUAAUAUUUCUAAGCUACCUCACUGAGGUGGUGUGAAGAUUCACUAAUGUAUGUAGCGUGUUUGUCAAUCCUCCAGUGAAAAGCACUAUCUGGAUCACAUUAGCCAAAUGCAGUAAAUGGCCAAAUUAGAUGUGUGCUGAAGACAAUCAGUCACUGGGUCUAUAUUAAACAGCAACCAGAGAAACAAAUGGCAAACAUUGUCUAUUUUCAAGUUUCUUUGCAUAUUUUUUUGGUGCAAAACCAUUUAUAAACAACUUUCUUUUUCUAACACUAGUGUCUACAGCAGCAUUUAAAAAUUAAUUCUGUUACCUUUUUCUGUAUUAGGGAUUUAAAGUCUAUUUCUUAUUGUAUACCUGAUUGAAGCCGUUCUUGGAGAUGAAUGUUUUAAAUGUCUAUAUCCAAAAAUAAACAUUUUGAUGUAAA